UAGGCAAUUCUUGAGUAGAGAGUAUCUUCUGUUCCUUUUCAAACGCCGCGGAUGUGCUGUAUACAUUUUUUGUACUGAAAGUCAUCCAUAUAAACCACGAACGUUUUCUAUGAAAAUUCAUUGCACAGUUUACACUAUCCGACAAACAACCAAUUUAAUUUAAUGUCUUAUUCCUCAGAAAUACUGCUCAACCCUAAUGUAACUCUGAUGUUCUGUAUCACCGCAAACAUAUAAAAAUCGGUGGAGAUAACUCUUCCAGUCAAAUACUCAGUGAUACCAGUGGAAGUGACAUCGUUUGAGAGCUCAUUCAAAAUGAAAGAAAUUGUGGUAUUGCUUCUUAUCAUCGCUACACUUUGCGGAACGAAGUCGUUCUCUGUGCAAAACUGGCAACAUAACCCUGAAAUUAGAAAUUUCCAUUGGCCCGCUGAUGCUGUUCUAAUGGGAAACAUACCAGAUAAAGAAAGGUUAGAUUUUAAAAACAUCGAGGCGGACAUACUCCCUCAAAAUUUUACUAAUCAAUUCCGAAAAUGUAGUACUACCAUAUUCUAUUAUGGAAAUAUUAAAACAAUCCACAUAAACCCUAAAUUAAUGCACAUUAGGUUAUAUUCCACAUCUACCGAAAAUGUGAUCAUUGAAAGUGGGAAUUACUACCAGCUGAAAGAAUUUGUGUGUAAAGAUGCAAAAUUGACACAUAUUCCAGAGAACGUAAGUCAACUGAAAAAAUUGAGAUAUAUGAGUUUUGAAAAUAACUUAAUACAAACAGUUCAACUUGACCAGUUUAAUGGUUUGGACUAUUUGCACAAUCUUGAUCUAUCUAGUAAUAAAAUAAAUCACAUUUACAAUCAUGGUUCGGUGAGUUUGCCGUCGCUAGAAAAUUUACAUCUCGGAGGCAAUCAAUUGAAACAUUUCGAUGUUUGUAGUUGGAACAUGCCUAAUCUUUACGAUCUCAAUCUUUUUAGUAAUGAGCUGACACAUUUCUCAAUUAAUCAUUUCCGCAGCCUUGAAAUAGUAAACCUAGCUGAAAACCCACUUAACUGUGUAUGGAAAAAUAGUUUACUAAGUAACAAACCAGAUAUGAGAAUUGAAGAACCACUUGCUUGCGACAGAAAUAACAAGGGUGUCUUUGGAUUAGAUUGCCCUUUUACGAUUGAUCAGUUACAGCAGCAGAAUUCCAAUUUUGAUUCCAGGUUAGCCCAAAUCGAAGAAACAGUAAUGAAAAACAACCAACAAUUUUCUGAAUUAGGCAACAGAGUACAAAAAUUUGAAACCGAAAUGAAUAAAAAAUUCCAAAAGAUGGAGCAAUUGCUGAUACAUUUAAGUAAAAAGAUCGUUGAACAACAAAAUGUUGCAAAUGAUAUUAUCGAGGCCAUUUAUAGGGCUGAAAUUGAGAGAACAUAUAAUUCCAAGCAAAAACCAUGA